UAGCUGCUGUUUAUAUUUUAUUUUGAGUUGAAAUAAUUCGAAAACCAGGAAAAAAAGCUUAAUAAGUUUGCGGGACACACACCAGUUGUUGUGAACAACUGCCAUAGAUAGGUGAAGUAGUCAGUGGAAGGGGCGUACCAGUAACAAGAAGGGAUUGCAGCUUGAGGGUGCUAGUAUUGUCCCCUGUGUAACAAUUUUGGUGCAGCACAGCCUGCACGAAGGUGAAGGACGUUGGACCCAAGGACCUCUCAACAAUGGCCGCCUGCAACCUGAUCAAGGUCAACAGCGAAAAUGACGACAACUGUGAUGUCACAACGUCCUCGCCCGUCGAUAAUGCCAACUGCACGGACAUCUCUACCACUGCCAUCAGCUUAAAUGUGUUGCCCGACGAACUGUUGGAGUUCAUUUUCACCUAUUUACCGCCUUAUGGUGAUUUGGAACACUGCAGAUUAGUGUGUAAGCGCUGGCAACUUAUCGUCAAACAUCUCAUACGUCGCUCAAAAAUUAAUUUGGAAAAGGGGCUAACUGACUUUGGUUUGCGCUGGGAGAUAUUUUCACUGGAAACAGCUAACGCCGUGCAGGCGAAUAAAGCCAAUUGUACUCCCGAUGGUAAUGGUGUAAUACCCUAUAUUGCUGGUCGUUUUGCGCAUUCCGCCGUGCGGCAUGGCAACUCGAUGUAUGUGUUCGGUGGCGGAUCAUCCUCUGAUACGACAUUCAACGAUCUGUGGCGCUUCGACUUGACGCAUAUGCGCUGGGCGCGUCCACUAGCGACCGGCACGUAUCCUUCACCCAAAGGGAGUGCUUCCAUGGUGGCUUGGCGCGACCAGUUAGUACUCUUUGGUGGGUGGCGCUAUCCCUCCCUGCAUCCACCGUACCAACCGUGGUGUCUAUUUGAUGAACUACACUUUUAUGACCUGCCAAAGGAUCGCUGGCUUUUGCGCACAACAUUGUCAUGUCCACCUCCUAUGGCGGGGCAUUCGGCCACAGUGCACGGCAAUCGCAUGGUCAUCUUUGGCGGCUAUCAAAUCAAGGAUGAUGUCAAUGUCAACUCCAAUGAUACCUGGGUACUAGAUUUGAUAGAACACCGCUGGUGGCAACCACUGUUCGUUGGCAAUACACGGCCUAGUCCACGCUAUGGUCAAAUACAAGUGGAACUGGAUGAUAAGCACUUGCUGGUUGUAGGAGGUUGUGGCGGCGCCAAUCGCGUUUACACCGAUGCCUGGCUUCUAGAUAUGACGCGCGAAGCUUGGUGUUGGAAGGCUGUCACUGUCCGUAAUAAGCGUUUCGGUGCCGUGCACAUGUGGUGCAACCCAGGCUGCAAGAUCAAAAACUUUCUGGUAGUAGUGGGUCCAUCACCAAAUAUGCCGCAGGACUUUCAAAUGAUGAAGCAGAGCCGCAUACCAGUGGGCGGUGGUGGCGUGCGCAUUGGUGGCUUGGGUCAACCGCCCCCACUACCGCCACCUCUCCAGCAACGUGCGUUGCUCGCUGAGCGUCGUCCGGGUGGAGGUAUACUUGGCGUACCAGCACAACAAAAUCGGGCACAUAACUUACGUUUUGGGGCAGGCGCCGCACUCGCGCCUCAGGAACAGUAUUUGGCCAAUAGACGCGCCAUACUAAAUCAGCAUAUGCAGCAGGCGCAAAACUUUAUGCACAAUAAUAAUAUCAACAAUAAUAAUAAUAACAACUAUCAGCCACGUUCAGGACGCCUCAGUGACUUGCAUGCCCCGCCAGCUCCACGGGUGGAGCCUGAACGAAAUCAAAAUCGGUCGGCACGUCCACAUGCUCCAGCAGCCGACGGAAAUGUGGAUGCAGCACAGCGAUUGCAACGUAAUCUAGCACUGCGGUGUCGUGACCAUGAACCGCUGCUGCCCAAGCGUUUCGACGAACUUUACGAGGAUCCCUUUCGUAUGGCCGCAUUUAAUGUGCACGCCCGUUCACGCAGCGCCUCACGUGAUCACAACGAACGCAUACGACGCAUGGAAGAAAAGAUGAAUGCCAUACGCGAUUCCAGACGAAGCGCUGCAGUUGCACACGUCGAACAGCAAGCGGUACGUGAGCCAUCACCAAAGCGUUUGCGAUGUAACGUACAGUCCCUAUUCGUCUGCGACAUUUCACACAUAGUGGGCCAUAGCAGUGAACCCGCCCUGGAAUGGGUCGAGUACAAGAAUUUUGGCGUCCUAAGCGGUGCUCCCGAUCGUCUCAUACUUUCCAGCCUCAUUGCCGGCAAUGGCGAGCUGAUAUUGUUUGGAGGCGUGCACAAGGAAACGCUAACGGACAUCACCCACCAUGUAUCUAAUUCCAUACACUUUCUAAGUGUGCCACGUGAUAUUAUCUAAGUGUAAGCUAGGCGGGACUGGCUGGCUGCAUCAUAUAUAUAAUUACUUAGUCUAGUUGUGAAUUACUAAAUUACGUAAAGCCAAACAAAUUACGCGUUUCAAAUUUGCUCCUUUCGUUUGUUCCAUGACCCUUAAAUAAGUUGAAUGCCGUACAGCUUAGCCAUUAAAUUGUGUGUGUGUGUAAAAUAAUGAAUUACCAAUAAUAAAAAGUGAUUCUUAUGAAUAUGUCGAAACCCUCUAA